GAGAGAGAGAGAUGGCUUCUAGACAGCAAAAGAGAGUGGCCUUCCGCCGGAAGCUUCAAAUACUCCGGUCCCUCACCAGCUCGAAAUCGGUGAGGAAGAGUUCUAUUAUCAGGGAUGCUUUUAACUACAUUAACCAAUUGAAACUCAAAUUGGAGGCACUGAACCAAGCAUACGGAGACCACCUGAAGCAAAUUCAACUCCCCACGGAAGUGAAAGUAGAGAGGAUUGAAAAUGGUUUUGUAGUUGAAGUAAGAUGCGAAAAGGGGCCAGAUUUGCUGGUUUCCAUCUUGGAGGCCUUCGAGGAUACCAGUCUAAACGUGCUCCAGGCUAGGGUUUCAUCAAACCAUUGCUUUUGCAUGGAAAGCAUGGUAGAAGCUCAGGACCAAGCAUUGGAUGCUCGAGAUGUGACUCAAGCCGUUCUCAGGGCAAUUUCAAAGCAACGCGGAGAGGGUAAUGGGAUUCAGGGUUUUAUGUAAACUAAUGAAAUACCCAAGAGAAUUAGUGGUUUAAUUUCUUUCAGUUUUUUUUUUUUUUUUUUUGUGUGUGUACAAAUGCUUCUUAAAUUCCCAACUGUAGGUGGCUGGUCCAGACCAUCAAUGUUUUUCACUUCCCUCUUUGUCAGGUGUCAGCAAUGUGUUGUAGAAUAGAGAUUUCAUGCAUCUUUAUUGA